AUCAGUGUCACGUGAUGUCAUUGUGGACAUCCCAUAAUAAUAUUAUCAAGCAAACAUAAGCCGUUAAGCAUGGUUCAGUAGAAAUAAUGUUGCUGCCAAGGUAUUAGUGUAUUAAAUUUACGUCUUAGGGGGCGAAAAAGUCCAAAGUCCAAAAGAGAAGUUUCGCAGUGUUUCCUGUUGUGUGAUUUUAAGGCAUGGAAGACGGGCUGCCCUCCAGAAAGGCGGAGGAGGGUGGUUCAUCUAAGCGGUCACAGAGGCAGCAGGAGCGGCAGGGGAAACUUCCUAGGAGACGGAAAGAGGUGAAGAGGUCUCUUCGGAGGCCGGACUGUCCGGAACACCUGUCAGGGGGAAGCGUACAUCGAUUGCCCGAGCAGCACGAGUCAGAAGCCUCUGCAUCAGCGGAGGACACCGCCGAGAGUUGCCCGAAAAGAUGGGAUAGAUGCAGACGAGGGCACUUUCUACAUGGACCAUAUCCUGCUACUCACUUCGGACCUAAAGCUUGCGUUCUUCCCAACCCGACCUCAGUCAUGCACAUUCAGGAUCCAGCCAGCCAGCGGCUCACCUGGAGCAAACCACCGCUCAACGUCCUGGUCAUCAGAAAGAUUCGAGACGAGACCCUGUUGGAGCCGUUCAAAGAGCUUUGCAGGUUCCUUGUGGAGGAGAAACAUCUGAUGGUUUAUGUGGAGAAGAAAGUUGUGGAUGAUGGCUCUCUCAUGAGCGAUGAGUCAUUUUCAGCCAUCCGUAAUCAGCUGUGCACAUUCAGGGAAGGGUAUGACGACAUCUCAGACUGCGUUGAUCUGAUUAUUUGUUUGGGUGGAGAUGGGACUCUUCUGUAUGCAUCAUCUCUUUUCCAGGGCAGUGUUCCCCCGGUCAUGGCGUUCCAUCUGGGUUCCUUAGGAUUUCUCACACCAUUCAAGUUUGAGUCCUUUAAAACAGAGGUGGAUAAAGUUUUUGAAGGUAAUGCUGCCAUCAUCCUGCGCAGUCGUCUGAAGGUUAAGGUGGUGAAAGGCAUGUUCCAGAGGAACGAGCAGCUCUUCAGUGCUCAGGAGAACGGAAUAGUGCCUCAUAACCACAUAAAUAACGAGGCAGGCAAAAUCACACUACAGCUACAGGUGCUCAAUGAGGUGGUGGUGGACAGAGGGCCCUCAUCCUACCUGUCCAAUGUUGACCUUUACCUGGAUGGACGUCUCAUCACAUCUGUACAGGGAGAUGGUGUAAUAGUUUCCACCCCCACGGGCAGCACGGCCUACGCCGCCGCAGCGGGAGCCUCCAUGAUCCAUCCCAAUGUCCCUGCCAUCAUGGUGACCCCCAUCUGCCCUCACUCCCUCUCUUUCAGACCCAUUGUGGUGCCCGCUGGCGUAGAGCUCAUGAUAAUGUUAUCGCCUGAUGCUCGCAACACGGCCUGGGUCUCGUUUGAUGGCAGAAAGAGGCAGGAAAUCCAGCAUGGGGACAGCAUUAAGAUCACAACCUCCUGCUUUCCGGUUCCUUCCAUCUGUUGUCAUGAUCUGGUGUACGACUGGUUUGACAGUCUGGCUCAGUGUCUGCACUGGAAUGUCCGCAAGAAGCAAACGCGUCUAACCGAUGCCAGCGACUCUUCAGAAACUGAGAACUGAAACCACCAUAAGAACCAAGUGCUCUCACAGUGUUUUUGACAUUCCGAAUCAUUUCCAUCCUGACUCACUGAAAACAAUCUUUAUAUUUACAUUACAUUGCUCAUUUUCAUGUUCAGAGAUUCAGAUUUCAUUAUAGCUCGCAAGUGCUCAUGUUCUACCUGAAAAAUAAUACAUUAACGGGAUUACUCAUAAUUUAUCGGCAACUAAAAGUGUUUGGUUAAGAGCAUCUAAAAUGUCAUUAUUUAUGAUUGCUAAAUGUCUUUAUGCAUUAUUAUUAUAUACAAAAUAAUAUCAUUAUUAUUAUUACUAUAUAAGUUUUUUUUUUUUUUUUUUUUAAUACUAUUUAUAAUGGACAAAAAUGCUAAUACAGUUAAUUUUUUCCUGUAGAUUCAUUCAUGUUUAAAUAAUUGUUUAGGAAAACUGGAAAUGCACAUUAUAGCAGGAAAUGUAAUUUGUCCACUGAGCAUAACUUUAAUUUUGUGGUGUUUUACAGUGCAUAACUCUGUAGCUGUUGACUAAGUUUAACCACAAACGUCAACAGUAGUUCCUCUUGUGUGGUAAUAAAUCACAUAGGAAGCCAUUGUUUGUCAGUUUUUGUGUUUGCAGUAAGUUUUGUGCACUCUACUAGACACCAUUGUGCAUUCAGAUGCUAAGAUUGAGUGUGGUUUAGCAGGCUUUUUCUUGUAGCUCAUUUAAAGGGAUAGUUCACCCAAAAAUGAAAAUUAUAUCUUCAUUUACUCACCCUCAAGCUGUUCCAAACCUGUAUAAAUUUCUUUGUUCUGCUGAACUCAAAGGAAGAUAUUUGGAAGAAUGUUUGUAACCAAACAGAUCUUGCCCCCCAUUUACUACCAUAGUAUUUUUUUUCUUUUCUUUUUCCUACUAUGGUAGUAAAUGAACAGCUUGAGGGUGAGUAAAUGAUGACAGAAUAUUAAUUUUUGGGGUGAACUGUCCCUUUAAGCUGUGGUUUGAUUUCCAUUCAGAUUGACUUACCUGUGCAGAUUCUUUCUGAAUAUGAAUCAAUCUCUCUCUUUAUUCUCUUUGUCAGGCUGGGCGUCUGUGUUGAGCCCAAGUAGAUCUUGUGAAAGAACACUGUAGCCUCCCUGUGGCGGCACAGGAUGGUGCUGCACAUACUGAUUUUUUUUUUUUUUUUUUUAGAGCUGCACUAUCCUUUUAGUUUAAUAUUUACACCAUAUUUACUUUACUUAAGCUGUGAUUUAUUUUUACAAAUGCACUGCGUGUGUGUUUUGCAUUUUUACAUAUUACUGACCCUGCAGGGUCAUAUCACAUUAUUGCAUAAGAACUAGUACAGCUGAAUGUAUGUAAGCUGUUUACAUUUUGAUGUAAAUAAGAGAUAUUAUGACAUGUGUUUGUCUCGUUUGUAAUAUUUCAAUAAAAACUUAAUUUCUUUUUAUCUUG